CAAAAGUUAUCUCUAUGUUAGUGUUGCAGAGAGACCCUUAUUUUCUUAUCAGUGUUGAUAUUAAUAUCGAAUAAUUGGAUAAAAGGGGAAAAGAAAUGUGAAGUUCAGGGUGCAUCUGCAAUUAACCCCUGCGUGCAUGCCUCUCAUCUAUAUGUACAUACAUGCGUUGGUAAACGAUAUCAAAGUGUGGAGACACCCUACGGAGAUGGAGAGAAAUGUGACGGUUAAGAGAAAGGGAUGCAUCAAGCUCACCAAAGGAGAUUGGGUAGUGAGAAGGAAAGGCAAAGGUGGUGUAAUAUCGAUAUCGAGGCGUCGACCGUCGGACAGGGAAAGGGAGGCCAACAGGCUCCGGGAGCAGCGUCGCCGGAGGAUCGCCAACAAAAUUUACUCCGGGCUCCGUGCGCAAGGAGGGUUUCGCCUCCCGAAGCACCCGGACCGAAAUGACAUCCUCAUUGCUCUAUGUGAGCAGGCAGGGUAUCAGGUUGAAGAAGAUGGCUCUGUCUCUCGCAAGAUAGAUCCCGGCUUAAGUUUUUAUUAGCACUUUUACCCUGAGAUAGGUUCACUAAUUUCAUUCAGGGAAAUGUCCGCUAAAUUUAACCCAGGGUUCUAUCUGGAACAACGAAACUACAGGAGUUGUAAGUUCCAAAAAGCAAUGCUGCAGGGUCUAUGUGCAAUUAACCCUAUUUUUAUGGUCUUAUAGAGAUCUCAAAGACGCAGCUUUUCUUUUUCUGGGAACAGAAGUUGAACUCCUUUGAAGAAACAAGCGAGAAUGGAGACAAGAGAAGCUUGAAGGAGGCUUCACUGAGCUAUGAGAUAGAAGUGCAACCAGAGUUGGAAGAAGAGCAGCUUUCACUUGAUUUAACUCUAUCAUAUAAAUAUAUGUAAGAGAUAAAUAAGAUGAAAGUUCCUCAUUUCUAUAACAUAGUUCAAUGAUAACUUGUUAGCUCUGAAGCAAUUUGAUAUGUGCUCUGUACGAAACAAUAUGAUCUUGACUUGAGUCAGUAAUGAAUUUGGAAAAUUUAAGAUAGUAAUUGUGUGAAUACUGUGUUUAUUCAAAAACUCGAACGCUACACCUCAUCAACAGAAAAA